UCUGGUCAAGGAAUUUUCUCGGCACAACAUGUCUCCACAUAGACACGGAGGUGGCUGAUCAGAUCCAGUCGCUGGAAUCGUUUGAAUUACAAUCAGUAGGCACUUCAAAUGGAUGUCGAAGUGAGGAUAGUGAAGUAAAACUGUUUCCGCAAAUAAACCAAAUAAUGGUUGACGGUUUCAAUGUCCAGACAAGAGUUUCAAGUUCGGAGCUGCUCAAGGAUGAGUCCUCGACACAAAUUGAUGAGCGGAAACCUAGAAAGAGAGGGAGAAAACCUGCCAAUGGGAGAGAAGAACCAUUAAAUAAUGUGGAAGCAGAGCGGCACAGGCGCAAGAAGCUUAACCAGAGACUCUAUCCACUAAGAGCUGUUGUUCCUAACAUAUCGAAGAUGGAUAAAGCCUCUCUUCUUGGUGAUGCCAUUACCUAUAUCACCGAUCUCCAGAUGAAGAUCAGAGUCAUGAAAACUGAAAAGCAGAUGGUAAACAACAAGGGAAAACAGUUACCGGUUCCAGAGAUUGAUUUUCAGGAACGCCUCGAGGAUGCAGUUGUGAGGAUGAACUGCCCAUUGGAUUCUCACCCGGUUUCUGAAGUCUUCAGAACACUUGGGAACAUAAAAUUGUAGCUCAAGAGUCUAACGUUUCCAUAACAGACAACGAUAAGGUUAUUCAUACAUUCU